UAUUUAGGUCUAACCUAACUGUGCCCAUCUCGCCGGCGCCGCCUCCAUUCUUCUCAUCCUCUCCACUGCGGCGCGGCGGCGCGGCCUCUUAGCGCCAUUUCCUCCUCCACUUGGAAGCAGCAGAAGCGGAAGCCCGUCGCCCGCCUGGCUCGAGCUCAAGGCCAUGGAGUAUGUGAUUCUUGGUGUUAAAUACUUUUGCUGGUGGAAUGGAGUUGGAGCCUCAGUCCAGGCUUUGGUUUUCCCUGAUCAGAUCCAGUCCUAAUUGCUUGUUUGUUUAUCAGUUAUGAUCAGUCACUUACUCUGAUGAUUCGGAGGGAGGAUGAAUAACGAUCACAAAACGAGAUGAUUGAUUCAUUUUCAGAGCGGCAAGGAGCCAAGGAUGCAGCAGCACUAGGGUCCUAGUCCAAAUUGUCAGCUGGGGGCUCAAUUGCAAUGGCGGAGAUGGUGAGGCUGCCCGAACAGCAGCGUCGUAGGCCUCUCACCAUUGCCAACCUCCCUGAAGAAAUUCUGUCGGAGAUUCUGCUCCUGCUACCGCCAAAAUCCAUCCUCCAGUGCCGUGCCGUCUGCAAAGUCUGGCGGGACGUCACCUCCGACCGCGCCUUCCUCCUUCCCCACCACUGCCGCCAGCCUCCGCAGCGCCUCCUCACCUUCAUCCGCGACGUGGGCAGUCGCCACGAUGACCUGGAUAUCCUGGACUACUGUGUUGAAGCCGUUGACUUCCGCACACACCAGUUCCAGUCUCUGGCCCGGUUCACUGGCCAAGAUUACGACUGCUCACUCGAAGACAGCCCAUUCACCGUCCACGCUUCUUGCGAUGGUCUCCUUCUCAUGUCCUACAACAACUAUUUGCAUCUCUGCAAUCCUACUACACGUCAAUGGCUUUGGGUCUUCCCGCCGGCGCUUCAACAUGACACCGUCCUGGGGCUCUAUUCUCAUGGCCAUUCUUCUGAAUACCGAGUAUUGUAUUAUCGAGAAAUUGGUUUGGGCCCUGAAUUCUACAUCAGCAUUGUUGGCUCAGGGAAGGAGAGGAGCAUUUGGCCCCAUUCAUCGUCAGCAUCCCUGAGAAAGUGGUUGGCGAAAGGGAAGGAGGAAACUCAGUUCAACGAGCCUUUCCUGUUUCAUGGAAACCUGCACUGGCUGCCGCACUUAGGUGGACAGAACAAGAUAGUGGUGUUCGACACUCUCGAUGAGGUGUUUCGGUGGUUGCAUGUACCUUUCAAGAUGCACAAUAUGUCGUCAUUACUCGAGAUUGAGGGUAGCCUUGCCAUGUCAAACAGCCAUAUUGGAUCAUCAAAGGUGGAUCUUUGGCUUCUGCAAGAUUAUAAGCAUAUGGUAUGGGUCCACAAGUAUCGAAUUGAAUUGCCAGUUAUAGAGAUUCGCCGUUUUGAAGAAGAUGAUGGUUGGUAUCUUCAUAUUGUUUCUCAAGAGGGUGAUGUCUUGGUUGAUGGAUUUGAUUGGCAGUUUCACUACGACAUAAAGGGCAAUUUGCUGGAGAAAUUUCAAUGUAGUGGCCGCAUGCUGAACAUUACUCCACAUAUUCUCCAAGAAAGUCUCGUUCCACACGAAGUGUGCCAAAUUCUAAAUAAUGAAAGUAGACAUGAACCACAUUUCUUCAGGGGGCUGUAGAGCAUACUUUCUUUACCGUGAGGCUACUUCACACUUUUGGGUGUCUAUUCAUUGGAUACUGCAAUUUUAGCGAUGGAACUUAAUUUUGUAGUGAAUGGUCAAUGAUCUGAUGUUGCAAAGGGCAGCAUUCACUCUGAUCAGUAUUUCUGUACCUCCACAUGUUCAUCUUCAACAUUGAGGGUAUCAUUUCUGUACUGUACAUGGAAAAUUAAAUGCCUGAGACUGUUUUUUCCUGGUUUGUGGAAGUCUGAGACUGAACAGUUGAUUAUGCUCGUUGUUUAUUUCAACAUUGCGAGAUGGUUACUUUUUA